AUGGCUCUUCGGCUGGGAGAAGAGAAUGUGGCUACGCUAUUUGGCGACGUCCAUUACUUUUACGGCCCGCCCACCGACUCACCCCCACACCACCGCUUCGACAAGGGCUCAUAUGUCUACCUGUUCGAGAAUGCAAAUGAGAGGAGGGCGCGCAUAGAGGUUGCAAAUCAUGUCGGCACGGACGACCAGGAUGCCUUUGACGGCUUCUUGGAUAAAGUCCAUGUCACCUACUCUUACAGGCAACACUGCAUGGUAAACCUGGAAGUCGGCGAGGUCGAAGGUCAUGAAGAGUGGCACCUGCCGACGUACGACCCUCACAACCAGAACAAAUACCACUACAAGCUCCACUCCCUCGACAUCUACUUCUGGACCCAGAACGACGCCCUGUCUUUUGUCAAUGGCAUCAGGCGAGUUCUGCCACCGAACCAGGUCGAUGUGCAGGAUGAGCCCGGUCCACCACCACGAAACGAGCAGCAGCACUCGGUUGAUGUGAACCCUCUCGUCCAGAAGCUGGAGAAUGCCGCCAUCUACUCGGACUCAAAGAUACCGCCCCCUCCCCCUCAGACCAACGGCAGAGACAGCAACAGCAACGGCAACAUCCCCUCCUUUGCUCCCCCGCCACUGUCCGCCGUGACCGCCGACGACGAUCACGACUCCAACUCCGCCAAGUCGCCGGCCAGCUUCGUCCCCAUGGCCUACAACCCAGCCGCCCCCGCGGCGCCAGAGCAGAUCCGCCACCGCGAGAAGACCCCGCCGCCGGAGGACGGCGACCUGAACCCCCUGCAGGCCCGCCUCGCCCAGGACGCCGGCACGCCCUUCUCCCCGGGCCUCGUGUCCGGGAUGCCGUCCCACAUGAGCCCCCUAAGCCCGGGCAUCCCCCCUCCGCAGUUCAGCGCCGUCCCCGGCGCCCCGAGCUUCCCGGGCCCGCCGGUCCAGAGCCCCGGGAUGCCGCCGCAGGGCUUCGGGAGUGGUGGCCACCCGGGCCUGGCGCGCGCCGCCACGAUGCCCGUCCACGGCAUGCCCUCGCCCGCGCUGCAGAGCCCGUACGGCGCGCAGUUCCCGGGCAGCCCGGGCUUCGCACCCCAGCAGCAGCCGCAGGCGCCGCCGCAGCUGCAGCACCACCAGUCGACGCCGGGUGUGAUACCCGGCCAGCACAGCACGCCGACGCCGCCAGCGGUGACAAGCCCCAGUCUCCCGCCGCCGCCGCCCCCGCCCGGCGGCUUCUCCAACUACACGUACGCGACGCAGCAGGGCGGCGGCCACGGCCCCAACGAGUACAACAUCCACCAGCAGGCGUACCGGCCGACCGAGGGCGAGGCGGCGGCCAGGUACAAGCCCAAGAAGGAGCCGAGGGGGCGGCUGGAGGAGAACGCUGGCAGGCUUGAGAGGGGGGUUACUGGGAUGUUCAAGAAGUUUGAGAAGAAAUUCGGUUAA